UUCUUCACACAGUAGAUUCCGUUGUUUUGAUGAGAAUAGAUGUCCCGCUGAAAGAAAUCGACUAUUUACAGGAAAAAGUGAACCGUUUUCGGGAAAUUUCACUGUUAGGUAGCUCGUUAGGUGCUACUUGAUCGAGUCGCUUGUGGAAAAAAGCGACUUGAUUAUUCUACACGAAGCUGUUUGUAAGAAAUCAGGUGGAAAGGGAUGCCGCUGCAGACAGACUCCGACGGACGACAACAGUCUUUGGAUUUAAUCUCAUCGCAUUUGAUCGGGAAGAGCAGUUUUUCUAUAAAUUUAAAAGGCCUCAGUAUAACCCAUUCUCGACCGAGUACUUGCUGGAGAUGCUUAUGUCCGAGUGCGAACUAAAAGCCCGACAGGAGCGGUUAUAAUAUUCAAACUAGCGAUCAGGCUAGUUAGCCCACCGUUAGCUGGUCAACAACAAAGCGGGGGUCGUUAAUCUUUUAGCUUCACAGAGUGACCAGUUAGGUGACAAAAACCGAGUGUAAAGUCGACGACUUGGCCUUUUAAACCCCUUUUUCUUCCUGCCUGUGGUGAAAAUAUCGCUCGACAGAAAUGAAACUGUUGGAAAACUCCAGUUUUGAAGCCAUCAGCUCCCGGCUGUGCGUUGAAACAGGAGAGUCUCGUAUCCUUGGCAGGAUUGAGAGCUACUCCUGCAAGAUGGCAGGGGACGACAAACAUAUGUUCAAGCAGUUCUGCCAGGAGGGGGAGCCGCACGUCCUGGAGGCCCUCUCCCCCCCUCAGUCCACCAGCGCCACCAGCCCUUCACAGCUGGGGAAGAGCAUCGAGGAUGCAGAGAACCCUCUGAGCGACAAGUGUUGCAGGAAGACUCUUUUCUACCUCAUCACCACGCUCAACGAGUCCUUCAGACCCGACUAUGACUUCAGCGCGGCGCGGGCCCACGAGUUCAGCCGAGAGCCCAGCGCCAACUGGGUGGCUAACGCAGUGAAUGGCAGCUUGUUCUCAGCCGUGGGAGAGGAGUUCAACUCGCUCGGGCCAGAGCUGUGGAACGCCAUGGACCAGGAGAUCAACCUGCAGGGCUGUGACAUUUACAGCUACAACCCUGAUCUGGACUCGGACCCUUUUGGUGAAGAGGGAAGCCUCUGGUCCUUCAACUACUUCUUCUACAACAAAAAACUCAAGAGGAUUGUAUUCUUCACAUGUCGCUCAGUCAGCGUCUUAAGUGGCUACGGCCGUGAUUGUCUCGACAAUGAGCUGGACAUGGAGCUGGACAGCGAGGAGGAAAUGGACGGCUUCGCUGAGGAUAGGUUCCCCAGAGCUCUGUGCGUGUGAGUCCCUCGCCUCAGUCAAAGAACAUCGAGGCCGUCUCUUCAUCCCUUUUUUUUUUUUUCACCUCAUAUACCCUCUUGGCUUUUUUUUUUUGUGACAUGUUGCUGCCUCAUCCAAAGCCAUUUUCGCUCAUCAUUAAUCUUGUGCAUGUUUGAAGGCCUCUCCUCUGCUGGCAGUGAACUGAACCGCGAGUCGGUGGACAUUUUGUUAAGACCCAGCGGUAACAUUUAAGCUCCUUUUACUCUCCAGUUUGCUUUUUUUUAACCCAAAACUGAAAAGCCCGAACAAGCACAGAUGAAUACAAACACACACGGGCUUCUCUGCAUCUGCCACAUUUCCAAAGAGACCCCUUCAUGGACACUUGAGAAGAAGAAGGUCUUAUUGUGGACAAGCAGGCACCAAAAAAAAA